AUGAAUAUCCUGUCUAUCAUGUUGAACAAUGCGGCUGAUGACCUACGGAUUAAGUAUCACCAUAAAUGCUCAUCCUCGAGGCUCACACACUUAUGCUUUGCAGACGACCUCCUGAUCUUCAUAGAUGGCUCCAUUGACUCUGUUCAGAAUGUUCUUCAGGUUCUAAAAGAGUUUGAGCUUCGCUCUGGUCUAGCGGUGACUGUGCAGAAAAGCUGUUUCUUUGCGUCCGGCCUGAUACAGCAAGAAGUUGACUCUAUCAAAGCUUCGACGGGCAUGCCAAAUGGUCUCCUUCCUGUUCGAUACCUUGGUGUUCCCUUAUGUACAAAGAAGCUCACUCUCUCCAACUGUGAGGUUCUGAUACAACAAGUCAAGGCCAAAUUCAACUCGUGGACAGUUAAGACAUUAUCAUUUGUGGGAAGGUUAUUGCUAAUCAAAACUGUCAUUGCGGGGAUAACAAACUUUUGGUGCUCUAACUUUUUACUCCCUAAGGCGUGCAUUGCAAAGAUAAACUCUCUCUGUGGGAUGUUUUUGUGGAAAGGCUCUAUAGAGGGAAAUCACACUGCUAGAGUAUCUUGGGAGACGGUAACGAAAUCGCGAGAAGGCGGGGGACUAGGAAUCAAAGACUUGGGAACAUGGAACAAAGCUUGCUGUCUUAAGCUAAUUUGGAUGUUGUUCUUCCAAGGAGGAUCAGUAUGGGUAGCUUGGUUCAAGACAGAGAUCCUAAAUGGCAACCUAUCUAACUACUGGACGGUAAACACGAGCCCUUCAAAUUCUUGGUUGGCCAACAAAUUAAUUAAGCUGAGAGGAGAAGUAUAUACCUGGAUAAGGCUGAGAGUUGGGAAUGGAGUGAAUUGUCGCUUCCGGAUUGAUAACUGGACAUCGCUUGGAUCACUUAAAGACUACUUUGCAGCGAAUGCGUCCUCAAGGCAGGGUAUCCCCCUGAUUGCAACUCUGUCUGAUUUAAAUAGAGCUGGAGAUUGGAAUAUCCCCCAGCCUCGAUCAGAAGCAAUGUUGCAGGCGCAUAUAGCAUUGACUACGAUAUCACUGGUGGAAGAAGAGGACAGUUAUGAGUGGGUAGUCACUGGUGUACCUACAGGGAGGUACAAAACCUCACUGAUAUAUUGUAAACUGAAGGGUGAGAAACAGAUGGUACCUUGGGCGAAGAUUGUUUGGACAAAAGGUGGGAUUCCAAAGCAUAACUUCCUCACAUGGCUUUUCGUUUUGGAUAGAUGUCCUACUAGGGACCGCCUUCGAAGUUGGGGACUGCCGGUGGACUAA